AUGGUUGCUGCAUCCAGUGGAGUUGGGUCAGUGGUUGGAGUUCAACCAUUGGUUGGAGAUGACUUAGGUUUUGGCGCCUCCAUGAUGAUGUUGGGUUCCAUUCUUACGGUGGUGGCCUUCUGCUUAGUGGUUUUUAAUACCGAGAGAAAAAGUGUUCUCAAGCUUCAGGUUGGAUUGUCGGGUACGAGUAGAUCACUGCAAAAGGAUCUCAAUCGGAUUGCUAAGACAGCUAAUAGAUACAGCCCAGAGGGCUUGAGCUCCGUAGGCUUGAGCUAUUUAUUACAAGAGACAACACUAGCUCUACUUCGACAUCCUGAUUUUUGCAUCUCUGGUUAUUCCUCUGUGUAUACAAAAAGGAGCAUAGACGAAGUUGAGAACCAAUUUAAUCAACUUUGUAUUGAAGAAAGGGGUAAAUUUGCUGUGGAGACACUAGUCAAAAUCAACAACAUCGGAAAGCAACAUGCAACAACUCAAAUAUAUAAAGACUUCCGUAACGAGUAUAUUGUGAUUACUAUCAUCGUGGCUGCUGAAGGCGGAUAUAACCUGCCGACCAUAAACAGCAGUGCAAAAUUAAAGGAAGCAUUGAUAAAACUGGCGACUAUACCUUCAAGCAGAGUUAAGGCACUGGUGGUGCUUUUGACACCACCAAAUGAAAAUGAUGCUGUUACAGAACCAAAAUUUCUUGAAGAUUAUUCGCUGUUGCAUCCUCUAUAG